AUGAAGAUCACCCAUGACGCAAAGACCAUGGUUUCAAGUGGAAAGAGAAGCGGCGAGACGACGAGGACUCGUCAAGAAGAGACAGAGACUCGAGACUCCAACGAGGCUACAGGGACCACUACCGACCCAAGGUCGAGAUCAAUAUCCAGAACCCCUCCGCGAAGACGUUCACCCCGAAGACAUGACCGAGAUCGCGAGAGAAGACGAGAUCGAGACCGAGACGAGCGUGAGCCGCGCGAAGAAAAGAAGGAAAAGCGUGAGAAGAAAGAGAAGAAGCCUGCUGCACCGGCGGUACCUGCACAACCUAUGAUCACCGUGUGGGUCAACGAUAGACUAGGCACGAAGCAGCCAAUUCCAUGCCUCGCCAUAGAUCCUAUCAAGGACUUCAAGGUAAUGGUCGCCAUGAAAAUUGUUAGAAAACCCCACGAGAUACUCCUCAAGCGACAAGGUGAAAGACCGUUCAAGGAUCAAUUGACUCUACAAGACUAUGGGGUCAGUAACAACGUACAGCUGGAUUUGGAGGUCGACACUGGAGAUUAA